AUGGCAGGUGACGACAAUUCAAACCGCGACAGAGACCCUUCCGCGCAGAGCUCCCAACUAUGGCCCGAUGACGACAAUCCGUUUGUUGCUUUCCGUCGCUUUGCCGACGAACAGAUUUGCUCCAUGUUACAGUCAGUAACGGGGCUGCCAUCGAUGGUCACUGCCCCGCCACCCGACCAUUGGUCGAUUUUCGCAGACGACAGAUACUACAAAGACGCGCAUACCCGCCAAAGACAAAGCGGCGACGGUAAAGAAGGAGACCAUUAUGCGGAGUCGGAAACCGGCGCAUCUUCCAAGUCGACUGAUAAUUCACCAUCGCGGUCGUACUGGCCAGGAUCAGAUGAACAUUGGCAGUCCCAUCGUACCAGAAGACAGAGUCCACCUCACGAUCCUUUCGAUAUCGACUUCUUUUUCGAUUCCUUCUUCGACAAGUUCUGGUUUGACGAUCGCGUUUCUUCCCGCUUCUUCCACCCGUACAAUAGGCCCCUGUUCUCAGGCAUGGUAAAUGAUGAAUCUCCGACCUGGCCUGUCACCUACCUCAUGUUCAGUCCUUACUCCCCUCUGCAUUUAGAACGUCAGGCACAAUAUCGGUCUAGUCGCGAACACGGAGUGUUCUCGUCUCUCAUGUCUACUCUGAACCUUUCUACUGAACAUGAUCCUGCAGAGCCCCAGUGGCGGGAGGCUUUUGAGGAUCUUUUGCGACUCGAAAACGGAAAGCCGAUGCUCGACAGGGACCCUGCAGACGUCAGGAAGAGGGAAUCGGGGAAGGACUGGUUGCAGGGGCUGGUCAAACGUGGUAGUCUUGGGGAUCGUUUCAAGUAUAUCUCUGGAACAGAAAGCCGACCCUGGUCGACUAUCACGUUCGAUAAUUCGAAGAACACGGAAGAUGACCGCAGUCUGGCCGAAGAGAAAGCUUUGAGCAAUAGUGCAAAGGCGGAAAUUAGUUGGGAUGAUGCUGAGCCUGACUCAGUCACAGAGCUAGAUAUGUACGAACGUUUCCUUGCGGACAUUGAAGCUCGUGAGCGGGAGUUCUUCAAGGAUACACACGAAAGCCCUCUCUUACGCCUUCUCUUUGAAGACAGAUACAGAGCCGCAGAUGACAGAGCAUCAUUAAAGAAAGCAAACCGGGUUGAAGAUACCGAAAGCAGCCUAGGCCAGGUGCCUAGCGAAAACCAAAAUACUGUCUCAAAGACAGACUCUCAACCAGCCACGGAUGCAUCUCCUGCGGAGACCGACAAGUCAGUGGCCGAGAAAAGUCCAUACGUUAUAUCCACCAAAACUUCAACAGAGCGUAUCCGACUACCUGAUGGAUCGAUUCAGACAAAGACUGUAAAAACUCAGCGGUUUGCAGAUGGCCGCGAAGAGAGCAAUGAAUCUGUCGAGGUGGUCAAUCCGUCGCAGGUCAGUCGGGAACCCACUAGUCCAGAGGGAGCCCGGUCUGAUGAGAAACCGAGCGGCUGGUUCUGGAAGCGCGAAUAA